CUAGGGAAAGUCCGGGCAGAGCCUGAGCCUGGGCCCGGCGAGCGGAUCUCGGAGAACUGGCACUUCCCACGAGAGACCUCUCCCUGCUCCCCGAGCCGCGCAGGACAUGAGCCACGGGAAGAGCACCGACAUGCUCCCGGAGAUCGCCGCCGCCGUGGGCUUCCUCUCCAGCCUCUUGAGGACCCGGGGCUGCGUGAGCGAGCAGAGACUUAAGGUUUUCAGUGGGGCGCUCCAGGAGGCACUAACAGAGCACUACAAACACCACUGGUUUCCAGAAAAGCCAUCCAAAGGCUCUGGCUACCGCUGCAUUCGCAUCAACCACAAGAUGGACCCCAUCAUCAGCAAGGUGGCCAGUCAGAUUGGACUCAGCCAGCCCCAGUUGCAUAGCCUGCUGCCCAGCGAGUUGACCUUGUGGGUGGACCCUUACGAGGUGUCCUAUCGCAUAGGAGAGGAUGGCUCCAUCUGUGUCCUGUAUGAGGAGCCUUCGGUGGCUGCCUCCUACGGCCUUCUCACCUGCAAAAACCAAAUGAUGCUGGGCAGGAGCAGCCCUUCCAAGAACUACGUGAUGGCGGUCUCCAGCUAGAUCCCUGCUGCCCCCACCCCGGCACUCUACUGUACUCAUUCGCCAUGACAACAGGCCACCGCAUACCUCAACCUGGGGAACUGUAUUUUUAAAUGAAGAGCUAUUUAUAUAUAUAUAUAUAUUAUAUAUUAUUUUUUUUUAAGAAAAGAGGAGAAAAAAAAACCAAAAGAUUUUUUAAAAGAAAAAAAUCCUUAAAGGGAGCUGCUUGGAAGUGGCCUCCCCAGGUGCCUUUGGAGAUAACUGUUGUGUGUUUGAGUCUGUGAGCCAGUGUCUGCUUAUGGGAGGGGAGUGGUUGGGGGGUAGACCUAGCCAAGGUGAGGGAGAAGCUUGGUGGCAUCCCAGGAGGUAGAAGAGGGAGCAAGCAAGAUUAGCACCUGUGAAUGAGAGGUCAGGAUCUGCCCUGCAGGGAGACGUUUAAAACCUCUCCUCCCAGCUGGGUCACCUGAAUUCCUGGUUCCUCUCUCUCAGGGGCCUUCAAGCCAGGACUUCCAUAAUACUAUGUUGCCUAAUGUCUUAUUUUUCUAAUGAGAUCUGGGCAGAGUGAAAAGGCCUCUCCUUAUUCCUUCUGUCCUAAGCAGCUUUUCUCAGAAAUCAUGACUCCUUUCUGAUUCUACCCUUGGGGCCUGUAGAGGUUGUUUCCCAGCUAGGAAUCUAAAGCUUUUUUUUUUUUUUUUUUUUUUCUCUCUCCCUCGGGAGGGGAUGCUAAGGCUAGGGUUGGAGGUCUUUGGGGUUAGGAUGGAAGGGAACUCUGCACAAAACCUUUGCUUUGCUGUGUGCUGCUUUGUGUGUAUGUGUGGUAAAUGAUUUGGGGUGAUUUGCAAUGGAAUUUUGGGACCCAAAGAGUAUCCACUGGGGAUGUUUUUUGGCCAAAAUCCUUCUUUUUGGAACCACAUGAGAGUCCUGAUGCUGCUACAAUUAUUCCUUUGAAAGGUGGCUCAAAAGCUACAGGGAACUUCAGGUCCUUUCAAUACUGCCUUUUUUAAAGCACAACACUCCUCUCUUGCCCUCCUGUCCUCUCCCCUUCUGGUUGGGUCACGGGCUAUCCUAUUUUCUAGGACAAGAGUUCUCAAUCACUGUGCAAUAUGCCCCAGGAGGCUUUGGAGAACUGGCUCAUAACACCUGGUACCCUGGUAGGUUUAGAGAACCAUCCCUCCCCUCUCCUCAGCUGAAGGGGAGGAUGCCCGUGCUCUGCAGGACUACUUGGUAUUCUUGCAGGGCUGACACUAAAAGCCAAACCUUGGGCAUUUUUUUCUCCCUGGUGCUCAGAGCACCUGUGGGAGAAUUUGUUGCCUCAUAGUAAAAUCCAAAUUCGUCUGUAGACUUGUGCAAUAUUUACUUUUCUGGGUUGGAGAAAAAUGGAAAACUGUACGGGGAAAAAAUCUCUUCCCUUCAGUUUCUCAGUGGUUAAGGAGGGCUCCUCAGAAGACCUCAAGUUUCCCAAAUCGGAUCACCUUAAGGACAGAGCUAGAGCAUCUGGUCAACCUGGUUUCCUCCUGCUGUUGCCCCUUCAUGAAGAUUCCCGUUCCCCCUCUUUCUUCCUCUAUCCCAUGCUUCCCUCCCGACUGCCUGCUAAUCCCCUUCCCUGAAUUUAACUAUUCAAUUUUAACUCAAAGGUGCUAUUUACCAAACACUCUCCCUACUCAUUCCUGCCUUUCCACUCCAGCUUUCUGCUGCCUUGCCAGGCCCUGCUUCCAGUCUUUAUUGCUUUAAAGUUAACUCAGCCCAUAGACCCAAGAGCUAUUUUCUGGCCUGUGGGUUGGAACAAAGCUGUGAAUCACUGCAGAUUGUGUUCUUGCAUCUUGCCUGCAAACAGGUCCCUGCCUUUUUAGAAGCAGCCUCUUGGUCUCACACUUUUCUCUCUUUUCUUGUUGAUGUUCACUUUAAAAACAACCCUCCCACCCCAAUCUGGAGCUGGACUGUUGAGCAGACCUGUCUCUCCUAUUAAGUAAAAAUAAUAAUAGUGCAUUUGUAAGCUAUUCAGACAGAAAAGACAAAGGUUACUAAUUGUAUAAUAGUGUUUUUAUAUGGAAGAAUGUAUAGCUUUAUGGACAAAUGUACACUUUUUUUUGUUACUUUAAUAAAAAUGUAGCAGAUAAAGA